AGUGAGGAGAGAAGUUGUGUUUAGACUCUCCGGAGCGCUUUUAUUUACUUGUUAUCCGCUCUAUAACACAGUUACAGUGCUAUUGUACUGUAUAGUGCUCUAAACCGCAGCGUUCAGUUCAGUUUUACUGCGGAACCUCUGAAGAGGCAGUUCAGCCGGACUGUGGAGUAAAGGCGCUUCUCCGCGGACUGAGAGCUGCUGCUGCUGAGUUUCCUCGCGCCUGUCUGCAGCAGCUCGGCCGGACCUCGCGUGUGAGUUGAACACGGAGGGUGUUCUGAUCUUCCCGGCGCUCGUGCACUGCGUCGUCUCCCGCUGUGAGUGCUGGGGACUGCUGCGUUCUGACCGGGAGCACCGCGAACCGGGAGUCUGUUGUCAUGGCUACUGAGGACGCCAUCUCCGUGAGCUCUAUGUGAACCAAAUUAAAAUAUUCUCCUGAAAUUCAUCACCAACAACCAGGAUAUUUAACAAAGAGCAAUGUUAAACUGCUGAAAGAGGUGAAGCACAAGCCGUCCAGAAGAAUCUCCAGAACACACAGAAAUUGUUUGCUACAUUUAACAGACAAAUGAAGCCAAGUCCUGACAUGGAGCAACAUCAGCACUCUGUCAAGAGUUUUACUAAACAGAGUGAUCUCAAACAACACCAGCACAUUCACACAGGAGAGAAACCUUAUUAUUGCUCAGACUGUGGGAAGAGUUUUAAUCUACAGAGUACUCUCAAAAUACACCAGCGCAUUCACACAGGAGAGAAACCGUAUCACUGCUCAGACUGUGGGAAGAGUUUUAAUCAACAGAGUCAUCUCAAAAAACACCAGCACAUUCACACAGGAGAGAAACCGUAUCACUGUUUAGACUGUGGAAGGAGAUUUACUGCACAGAGUCAUCUCAAAAUUCACCAGCGCAUUCACACAGGAGAGAAACCAUAUCACUGCUCAGACUGUGGAAAGAGUUUUUAUCAACAGAGUCAUCUCAAACUGCAUCAGCGCAUUCACACAGGAGAGAAACCAUAUCACUGCUCAGACUGUGGGAAGAGUUUUACUGAACAGAGUAAUCUCAAAAAACACCAGCGCAUUCACACCGGAGAGAAACCGUAUCACUGCUCAGACUGUGGGAAGAGUUUUAAUCUACAGAGUACUCUCAACACACACCAGCGCAUUCACACCGGAGAGAAACCAUAUUACUGCUCAGACUGUGGGAAGAGUUUUACUGAACAGAGUAAUCUCAAAAAACACCAGCGCAUUCACACAGGAGAGAAACCGUAUCACUGCUCAGACUGUGGGAAGAGUUUUACUGAACAGAGUACUCUCAAAAACCACCAGCGCAUUCACACAGGAGAGAAACCAUAUUACUGCUCAGACUGUGGAAAGAGUUUUACUCAACAGAGUAAUCUCCAAAAUCACCAGCGCAUUCACACAGGAGAGAAAACUCCAUCUCAAAUCAGUUUAAAGGCAAUUAAAAGCACCAAUUGUAAGUCUUUCAGACAGAACACCUUAUCCUACACAAAUGUUUCACUUUGUCACUUGGGACACGUUCCACGAGAAACAAACAUGAGCUGAAUUUAACAAUGGAUUUUACAGGUUCAGCAAAAUGAAUCUUACCCAGGGAUGAUGUUUAUUGAAUUCCAUGUUAUGUUUUCUUAUAUGUUCGAUAUUCCAGAACAUUCUUCGUGAGACAGAGCUCAGUUUUAGGGUAGUUACAAUUACUGAAGAAUGGAAAAAAACUUUAAAAUUUAGAUGUGAUUGUUAGAGUACGAUUCUUAGCUGACAACUAAACGUUUAGGACCAAAUCUUCAGAGCUUAUGAUUUUAAUGCUUUUAAUCUCCUUUCUAGUUUAUGCAGAUUAGAUUAUUUCUAUUCAUUUCUAGUAUCUCUGUUUUCACUCUGUGGAAUCUGUCCUCAGUUCCCCAGGCUUAGCAUAGCGUAGCUUAAUGCUAUUAACUGCUAGGCCCAUCUGUAUGAAAGAAGAAGUGAAAACACCAGCUGAGGAACUCCAGAGAGUGCUCCCAAAAGUGAGACCGGAGGAGCAUCCAGACCCCGCAGAGAGGCCACCAAAUUUUUAUUCUCAUUUGUCUAUGGUUCAGUCAGUCUGAUUAAAAAUCUGUUACCUUAGAGGGAUAUUUGGUUGUGUUGUUUUACUCAAGUUUCAUACUCUUUUUCUUAUUAGAUAUCAUAUGUUGCUUAAGGUUUUUUAAUCUCCAAAGUUACUAAGAAUAUCCAAUUUAUUUAGUUUGAUUGUUUUUAUCCAGUACCAAAUAUUAUCUUUGUAUUGCUUUACCUCUAUAUUUACUUAUAUGUCUGUGUGUUUCAAUAGAAAAGACUUUUAUAUUGAAAUAUCCACUCAAGAAAUGGUUGAUAACCUCUCUGUGACCUGAUGGAUCUUCAGAACCUCUUAUGUUAUUAUUUUGUAAGUACUAACAGGCAGCCAAAUGAGAAUUCCAAAAAUGUAGUUACCCUCAGCAUACCAAGUUACAGAGCUUUUAGCAGAUGCUCCCAACAGGGUUACAAUGCUAGUAAGUCAGUAAUCUCUAUUUAUAUAUCACUUUUCCAGAGCAACUUGUGUGUUACCGAUUACAAUAAAUAUAUAAAAAUAGAUAAAACUGUCAUGCCUGACUUUGUCAAUCUGCCUGCUCCUGAAGCCUCUCUGCCUAAAGACUUAGUUUCCCAGCAGCCUCAGAACUACAGGUCCUUCUCAAAAAAUAAGCAUAUUGUGAUAAAGUUCAUUCUUUUCCAUAAUGAAAUGAUAAAAAAUAGCAUAUCAUGAAAAGGUUCUCUAAACAAACCUAAUUACCUGAAUCAACGAAUUAACUCUAAACACCUGCAAAAGAUUCCUGAGGCUUUUAAAAACUCCCAGCCUGGUUCAUUACUCAAAACCGCAAUCAUGGGUAAGACUGCCGACCUGACUGCUGUCCAGAAGGCCAUCAUUGACACCCUCAAGCAAGAGAGUAAGACACAGAAAGAAAUUUCUGAACCAAUAGGCUGUUCCCAGAGUGCUGUAUCAAGGCGCCUCAGUGGGAAGUCUGUGGGAAGGAAAAAGUGUGGCAGAAAACGCUGCACAACGAGGAGAGGUGACCGGACCCUGAGGAAGAUUGUGGAGAACAAUUCCAGACCGUGGGGGACCUGCGGAAGCAGUGGACUGAGUCUGGAGUAGAAACAUCCAGAGCCACCGUGCACAGGCGUGUGCAGGAAAUGGGCUACAGGUGUCGCAUUCCCCAGGUCAAGCCACUUUUGAACCAGAAACAGCGGCAGAAGCGCCUGACCUGGGCUGGAGUCUGGAGGAAGACUGGGGAGAAGGAAAUGCCAAAAUGCCUGAAGUCCAGUGUCAGUGAUGGUCUGGGGUGCCAUGUCAGCUGCAGGUGUUGGUCCACUGUGUUUUAUCAAGGGCAGGGUCAAUGCAGCUAGCCAUCAGGAGAUUUUGGAGCACUUCAUGCUUCCAUCUGCUGAAAAGCUUUAUGGAAAUGAAGAUUUCAUUUUUCAGCAGGACCUGGCACUUGCUCACAGUGCCUAAACCACUGGUACACGGUUUACUGACCAUGGUAUUACUGUGCUCAAUUGGCCUGCCAACUCUCCUGACCUGAACCCCAUAGAGAAUCUGUGGGAAAUUGUGAAGAGAAAGUUGAGAGACGCGAGACCCGACACUCUGGAUGAGCUUAAGGCCGCUACCGAAGCACCCUGAGCCUCCAUAACACCUCAGCAGUGCCACAGGCUGAUUGCCUCCAUGCCACGCCGCACUGAAGCAGUCAUUUCUCCAAAAGGAUUCCCGACCAAGCACUGAGUGCAUAACUGAACAUAAUUAUUUGAAGGUUGACUUUUUUUUGUAUUAAAAACACUUUGAUCGGAUGAAAUAU